CCCAGAGAGGAACCCAGAGAGGAACCCAGAGAGGAACCCAGAGAGCAGAGCAGGCUGCAGCAGGGCCUCCACACGGACACGUCGCACCGCAGCCCGGACAGGACGGACGCUCCUCGUUCUCAUCCCCGAUGUCGCUGAAAAACGGCAACACCGUGGCCCUGGAGAGGCGCAUGGACCUGGCCUCGCUCUUCUGCAUGAUCGGCCGCCACGGGCCCGCCGUCGCUCUGGCCGUGAUCGCCGUGGUGUCGGUGGUGGCGGGCUUCAUCAUCUACCGGAGCGUGAGGGGGAAGCGGAGGAAGGCCACGGCCGGAGGAGACGCCGGCGAGAGCCCCGGAGCGGAGAAGGACGCGGCGCUGAUCCACACGGAGCCGGAGACGUGUCCGGAGGAAUUACGCAGCUCCGCGGAGUCAACAGAUGUGAGUGACGAAGGCUCAUCAGAUGCGACGGAGAACGCUGAUCUUAACAUCAGGCAUCGCCGAGCUGCUGCUGAGAAGAAACCGUCACCAGACGCUCCACCUCAGAGUGACUCGCUGGUGGACACGAAGCAGAAGGACGCUUCGGCUGUGCAGGACUUUUAUGAAGCAGAAGAGGCCAAUCAGAGGAGGGAUGCUCACACGGUGGCUGAAGAGGAGCGUGAUGGUGACGAAGGCAGCUUGAAGCCUGAGCUGGUUUACGAUGGCAGAGAGGAAGAGAAGGUGUUGCCAGCACAGCGGCAGGAAGGUGAGAAUGCGACUGCAGAUACGGACGUUUACGAUGAGAAAACCAGUCAAGAGGAGGAAAGCCUCCAGUGUGUCUUGGAGAGCCCAGUGUGCUGCGAACAGACAACUCCUAUGAGUGCAAACAAAGAGCCAGAUGAUGAAGCCACACCAGACACAAACAACACGGAGCCCCAACCAGGCGUCCAUCUCCAGGAUGUACUCGUUUCCUGCACCUGUUCUAGCAAAGAUGCAGAGUUUGAGGAAGAGAAUCCAGAAGAUAUUGCUCACUCUAAUUAUGAUGGCAAUGAUCGCCUCUGUCCAGAGGAAGAACUAAAACAUGGGGAGGUAGAAAAGGCUUUAGUAGAUGACCAAGGGAUCGCUCAAGAAUCCGAGGUUGUAUACUCGACAUCAGAACAAGAAACAAGACUGCCGUCUUCCCAGGAGGAGCUGUGUGAUGAUGUGGCGGAGGAGGUGGUUCUGUCCAGUCAGGAUGGUGAUCGAGAUGGCGAAUGUGGCCAAACCAGUGAAGUGAUUCAAGAAAAGCUGCAUGAAGACAUUUUGAGCAAUCUCGCAGACAUUGUAUUUGAUGCCCACCCACUACAGCAACAACGGCAGACUGAACCAGAAAGUGAAAAAGGUCUUGCAUGCGAUGAAGAAGACGAUGUUGGGAAAAGUGAAAUGCUGCGUGAUGGUUCAAAUAUGGUACUCGCUGCUCCUCUGGCCGCUCUGAACCAGCCAGAAAAGGUGGAAGAUGCUCUGUGUGGUACAACAACUGAUGCAAACGCUCAAAACUCAGGCACUGGGGAUUUCCCCGACUUGCCAUCAGAUUACCAACGGCAGCAAAGGGAGGUGACAGAAGAAGAAAUCUCCCCAGUGCUGGAUAAAGACACAGAGCUUGAUGUUCCUGCCUCUGACUUGACAUCUUUUAAGGAGGAAGUUCAGAGUGAAAAGAAUGAAACUGGAAGUGUUGUGGUGUUGGCUGAAGAAAGUGUUGACCAAGAACCAAGUGUGCCGUCUUCUCAGCUGGGCCGAUGUGGUGAUGUGAUGGCAGAGGUGGUGCGGCCCAGUCAGGACAGUGAUCAGAAUGAUGAACAUAGUCCAGCUGCUGAAGCAACUGAAGAAGCUAUACAUGAAGACCAUUUGAACAAUCUUGCACAUGUCAGAUUCGAAGUCCACACACUACAGCAGCAACUGCAAACUGAGCCAAAAAAUGGUGUAACCUGCAAUCAAGAGGAAGGUGUUGUGAAACGUGAAACGCUGGCUUCUUGUGAUGGUUCAGGUGUGGCACUUGCCCCUGCUCUGCCAGAAGAGUUUGACAUUGGUGAUGAUGGUCUGUGUGGUACGACAGCUGAUGCAAAAGCUGAAAUCCCAGCCGUAGAGCUCCCUGAGUUGUCAUUAGAUUAUCAACAGUCACAUGUGGAAGAAGAUGAAACUGCAGCUGCUUUGGAUACAAACUCAGAUCCUAAUACUCUCAGCUUUGCAUUGACACCUAUUAUGGAAGAAAUUCAGAGCAACAAGAAUGAAACCGACGCAGCUGUGUUGUUGGCUGAGGAACUUGUUGACCAUGUUCUAUCCUCAUGCUACAAAGACCUACAAAGUGACCGGACAGGAAGUGAUGAAUCACUGGACAGGAUGGGAGCUGAUCCUGCUGCUGCUGCAGCCCUGUGUGAUGAGGCGAGCGUUAGUCCACCCGUCACGUCUACAGAAAUAUCUCAUCUUGACUUGCCAUCUUCCUUCCAAGACAGACCAAAUGACCAAAUGCAAAGUAAUCCAGAUUUCCCAGAGCUUACCGCUAGUGCUGCUCCGAUUAUAACCGAGAGCAAUAAACCUCCCAUUUGUGAAAUGCAGCUUCCUGCUUUUGAGCAAAGUGAGCUGACUUGGUCAUCUUCUGGUCUUGGUGGAGAGAGCGGGAUUUCAAGCAUGACCGUCAGCCCUGAUUUGGAAGAUCCUGCCAGUAAGUGUCAUUUGAGCCCUGAAAAUGUGGAGCUUCCGGUAAUGCACUACGAUCAACAGUCUGAAGUACAGACCAAGGCCCAGACCGACCGCUUUGUUGAUGAUGUUGCUCUGUCUGUCGUUAAUGAAGAUGCAGCGGGUGUGGUGACAGAGUCUUGUCCAUCACAUCUUUCCCAGCAACCCCACAGUGAACCUACAGACAGGGCUAAUGACGAGUCUUUUUUAUCCAAUGAAGACACGUUUGGCUGUGAGAUUGAGGAUCGUUACAACAGAGCGAUGGACCAGUUGAUGGUGCAGAUUGCAACCAGUGUCACACCUGAUGACAAGAAAAAGGAGACAGACGUAAAAGUUGUCAAAACUAAGAAGAAGAAGGAAGGAGCAAAAGAGGAGGAGGAGGAGGAGGAAGAAGACGACAAUGAAAGAACUGAAAUCAGUAUUAUGGAGGCAACUAUGGACAAUAAUGAAUGGAUCACAGAGGGUAGCUACCAAGUUCUUCCUUGGAUGAACCUUUCUGUCCCAUCUUUUGCCCAAAGCCACACAAAACCGGACCCAGUUCCCGAUGCAGAACAGCACCACAGCUCGUCUCCUGCAGAGGCUCCUUGUAUAGAUACAGUUAUCCUGCUUCCUUCCAUUAAAGUCACUCAAACCAACACGCUUCCCCCUGUCGAUGAAAAUAGCAAAAAGGUUGUGGCGGUCCAGCCAAUGCCCCAGAACGUCAGUGUGACCUUCCGCAUCCACUAUCACACCCACUCUCAGUACCAGAAGGUGGCUAUCACAGGGAACCAGCAGGAACUGGGAAACUGGAAGGAGUUCAUCCCCUUAGAGGAAGCCAAGGAUGGGCACUGGUCCACUGUGGUCAGCCUGCCUGCAGAGAGCUAUGUGGAGUGGAAGUUCGUGGUGGUGGACAGGGGUAACGUAUGUCGCUGGGAGGAGUGCGGCAACCGCCUCCUGGAUACAGGCAGCGGAGACGACCUGCUGGUGCACAAGUGGUGGGGAAUCUUGUAGGAGAUUGAGAGUGAGCUUUGGGACUGGAUGCUGGACCAGGUUAAGGCGAGUUUAUUUGUUCAUCAGCAUGUUCUGCCAACGACUGAUCUGGUUAAUUUAGAGGUCAACAGACAUCAAGAGAUCUGGUGUUAAAACGGGGUUAAAUUUGGUUGAAAGAAACGGUUUGUAUGUGUCCAGGUUGCGUAUGGAUUAGUGUUACUUUUGAUAGUUGUUAAGGCAGAAACAUGUAAAAAUCAGCUGUUAUUGAUACGUGAGGUUUACUGCUCUGUUUAACUGAAAAUGGAAAAACAAGAAGUUGGAGUGUCACCUGGGUUAGCAGCACCUGUCAUGGGCUUUGUCACCACUGUAUGUUUUCUUCACCAAGGUCUGGUCCACACAUUAUGUUUUUUAGCUUUAUCUUUGCAUCUUGGUCUUUUGUCCACAUGCUGUUUUUUGGUCACUGAAAAUGGACUUUUGGGAAAUUUCCUUCAGGGUUAUGAUUUUUGGGAAGCUCUGGUCGUAAUGUUGAUGUCUGCACGGAGGGAAACGAACAACUUUUAACCACGUUGAGCCCAGUUUAAAGCUAGAAACGGUGCAUUGAUGAAACCUGAAUUCCCAACAGCUUGUAACAGACAUGAAAUAAUCCUCUGAUGGAACCUUUUUUUACGGACUGCCUACUAACCAGCGAUUCAUCAAAAGACAGAAACAUCCCGUUCAAUGUCUUCCUUUUUUUAUGCAGCAAUAUCUCUGAUUAUGCAAACUGCACCUCUUUAAAAGCGGGUGAUUUUCAUGCAAGUGUUUAAUUUGUACAAACAAAACUUUUAUGAUACUGUCCAUAUGCUGCUUAAAUACGUCCAACAAUCUCUGAGAGUUAAUGCACAUAGUUCACUUUUACUACAGCAAUAAAUUGAGCAAUAAUUGUUCUGUAAACUGUCUGACUGCUGUUCUGUCAGCUACACUCAUGUAUUUGCCACUAAACUGUGAUAUUGUUGUAACUCCGAUGCUGCUUUUAAUCUCGUGGGACUCUGUGCAUGCCAGAUUGUCCCGCCGUCGUUCUAUAAAUGUGCCUUUUUAAAUGUGAUUUUUCUAUUAAUGUGCUGUAAUGCAUCGAAAUGUGUCUUUGGUGGGCAUCAUCGUCUUUGUGUCACGACAACUUUAAUGGAUGAUUCACGGCGUGUUCACUUUUGUCAGAAAUGAUGGUUUUGGGUCAGUUUUUAGUUCUGAAGAAAAAUAAACUAGAAUAUACAGUCUCUGUGUGUCAGACUGUAUCCUCGUAUCUCAAUAUGCAAACUGUGAUGAUGAUGCUUCUCCUGAAUGUGAUGACAAAAAGUGGAAUAAACUAAUCUUUCAAGUCA